GCACCAAUAACAUGGGCUAAAUUACCAGCACCUAUUUGUUGCGUCCCCUGCCAGAGCCUGAACUCCCCUGUUUACGGCCAUGACCUAACAUCCCAUUCUCCCCCAGCCAUGAUCCCAAAUCCGGCACUUUGAAAACCCUCAACCCGCUUUUCUCACGAGACUGUGGGGUUUCACCCAUGGAUUGGAUGGGGACGAAAAAGAGGAACAUCUUUUCCUGAGUGGGAUUUAAUAUCAACUGGGUGAAACCGUCCAAAUAAGAUUACACAAGCAAAAUCAAAGGACAUUCGGCUGAAGUACCACCAUGGCUCAGGCAACCAAAGGUCCCGCAGUGAAGCCCAUCUCUCCCACCGAUGUAGAUGCCCCGGCUAGGGUAGCGCACCCAGACUCACUUACAGCCCGGAGCCAUGGAAUUUUACGAAUCAUUAAUCGCCCGGCACAAUGGGUGGUCAUCAUCACACUUCUGAUCUCUUGGUCAAUAGCGGGUGUUGUCAUGUUUGACUUUGUCAGUGACGAUCAGAUUGCAAGCAUCCAAGAUUUCGGCUCUGAUCCAGUGCUAGCAGUGAACAAAGCCACUGAAGUCAUUGAAAACAGGAUAAAUCACAUGAAUGAUAUGUUUAAUGAUGCUCAAGAGUACAUCACUGAAAUAAUAUUAAAUCCAGUGGAAGUUAUUAGUUCAGCUGCUGACUCAUCUGUGUCUUAUCUGUCAGGAAUAUUUAGUGCUGAUGAUUUAGGAAUCACUGAAACAGUGAAAUAUGGGGGCACUGUAUUGGAUGAGGCUACAGAAUGGAUCAGAUCGCCAGUGAGCUAUGUAUUCCAUUUAUUUGAAGACAUACUGGAUAUAGUGGUUGCUCCAGUGGAUAUGGUCAGUGAAGCUCUUGUGCAAAUUUUAAGUGGGAUCAAGACUGUUAUACUGUAUAUUUCCACAAUGUUUGGAGGCACUGAAGAGCACACAGGCAUCACUGAAACAGUGAAACUUGGUGGCACUGUAUUGGAUGAGGUUACUGACCGGAUUAGAUUCCCAGUGGCCUACUUAUUCCACUUAUUUGAAGAUAUCCUGGAUGUAGCAAUCAUUUAUCCAGCAGACAUUGCCAGUGAAGCAGCUCUGCAAAUUUUAAGCGGGAUCAAGACCCUUUCUUCAACCAUAUUCGGGAACCUUGAAGCUUGGUUUCCCAAAAUAAGCACUGAUCCUGCAGAGCUGACUGAAAUAGUUGUAGAGGAGGCCACAGAAGUGAAGACCACCGUUUUUAAUUACCUAUCCAGUCUGUUUGCAGUGGAUGAAGGUGGUAUUCCUGACAUUAGCUUUGAUCCCAUGAAAGUUGUCACAGACACUGUUGAGGAGUUUGCUGACAGGAGGGAUAUGUUCUUGGCUUAUCUCUCAAACAUGCUCAUGGAAGACAAAGAUGACACACCGCAAGUGAUAAGACGAAAAGGAGAAUUUCUGCCCCCUAUGGAAAAAGUUGCAGAAAUACUAGGCAAAACAGAGGACCCUGCCUAUGCUGCCUACGCUGCUGUGAAAUCCACAGACAGUACUAAACAGGAAAUAAAAGAGGUAGAAGCUGCUAAAGAUACAACUGAAAGAGCUCAAGAUAUUGUGGACGCUCCAAAGGAGGAAAGGAGGGUUGAAACGGCUUGGGACAGCUAUGAUGUCACCGUUGAAGACAAUGAGGUUACCUACGAUGUCAUGGAGGAGGAUAAAACUGCUGGAACAGUUGAAGCUAUUGCAGAUGUCACAAAGGAGGAACUUUCUGAUAUGGCAGAAGUGAUAGCUGAGGAAGAAGCAACUGAAAAGGUUGAGGAUAUCUCAGAUUUCGCAGAGGACAAAUCAACUGAAAUGACUGAAUCUGAUGAAUCUGAUGCUUCAGAUAUGAAAGACACUGACGAUACCUCAGAUGUUGUUACAGAGGAAGAAGAAGUUACUGAAACAUCUGAUAUUCCAGAAGUAACAGAUCACGAAAUAGAAACAGAAAAGUUUGAAGAUAUCUCUGAUUUUAAAGAGGACAAAUCAGCUGAAAUGACCUCUGAUGCUGUUACAGAGGAGGAAAUAAUUAUUAAAACAGCUGAAGAUAUUCCAGAUGUUACAGAGAAGGACACAUAUGACAUUCCAGAAGUCAUAGAUGAGGAAUUAGCCACUGAAAAGGCUAAUGAUAUCUUUGACUCCGUAGAGGAUGAGUUAACUAUGAUGACCUCAGAUGUGACAGAAGACACUGAUUAUACCUCGGAUGUUGUUACAGAGGGAGAAGUUGAUAAAUCAGUUGAAGAUAUUGCAGAUGUUACAGAGGAUGAACCAUCUGAUAUGCCAGAAGUCAUUGACAAUGAUGAUACCUCGGAUCAAGAUAGCUCUGCCGUUAUAGAGGAGAAAGAAUCAACUGAAACAAUUGAAGAAGCAGCGAUUGAAACCGCAGAAGGUACUUCCUAUGUUACAACCAAAACUGAAUUAGAUAAUACAGAUGAAAAUGAAUUUCAGAAAUAUCCCAGGCUUACAAAGGAGGAGGAAGAACCUGAGGAAGAACCUGUUAAAGAGACUUCUGAUUUCAUAAGUAAGGAAGAAGAACCUGAGGCAGAUGAAGAUGCCAGCACCGAAGAAACAGCCGAAGAGUCAAUAGAAAAAGAACAGCCACGUGAAUUGGCUGAAGCUACUGUGACCAUCUGUGUAAAGGAAAAGACUGAAGUAACAGAACUUGAUGAUCUUGAAGUGCUGGGUAAGGAUGACAUGAAAGUGGAAGGCAAGGAGGAGAAUGUGGUGAAUGCUGAAAAGGUCACAAAGAACCUGGAGAAUGAUCUAGAUGAAGAUGAGGUUGAGGUUUUAAAAGAGGAGACUAAAGAUCAAACAAUCUUUGGAACCACCGCUGGUGAAGAUGGCCAUGAUGAUGAAGAGGAGCUUGUCCUUUCUCCUGUCCAGCAGGACCUAACAAACAGAGAUGAUGAAAAUAACAAUAACAAUGACAGGAAGAAAGAUGCCAUAAAAAGAGGCCUGAGCGGGAGAAAAACAUCAAAGAGUCACUCCACUGAAACAGAUGACCAAGAAGCUCACAAGCAUCUUCAUGAAGUUCUUGAACAAGUGAAAGAAGCCAAAGAGAAAAAAACUAGAGAGGAGAUAUACAAAAUCAUUCAAGAUAUGAGGGAGAAGAAGGCUGAUGGUGAAGAGGAGGAGAUGACACUACAACAAAUAAACAUAACAGUAGAAAAAGUCAAGAAAAGAAAAGAACAUGAGAAAAAGGAGAUAGAAAAGGCUAAAAGAAAACAAAAAUCCAAAGAGGACAAGACUGAAGAACCAACAAAAAAGGACACCAAGAAAAAACCUGACAAAAAGUUCAAGGUGACUAAAGUGGAUGAGGAACCUCCUCUAAAAAAGAAGAAAUCUGGACCUGAGAAAAAGGUUAAACCAACUAAGAAAGAUGUUGAGAUUGCCAAGGACAAAAUUAAAGCAGCACAUGUAAAGAAAGAAGCUGAAGUGGCCAAAAAAGAGACCAAAUCAGCACCAUCUAAGAAAGAACCUGAAGUUACAAAAGAAAAGACCAAACCAGCUCGUACAAAGAAAGAAAAAGCUGAAGUUAUCAAAGAAAAGGCAAAACAAGCUCCAAAAGAAAAAGAACCUCAGGUUAUUAAAGAAAAGGUCCAGCCUGCACCUUCAAAGAAAGCUAAAGCUCCCAAGGAAAAAGCUAAACCCUUGAAGAAAGCUGAAGCCAAGGAUAAACCACCAGCACCUGUUAAAAAAGCGGAACUCGCUGUCAAAAAAGCAAAACUUGUUCCUGUAAAGAAGGGGGCUAAAGCUCCCAGGGACAAAAUUAAACCGGCCCUUUUGAAGAAAGAGCCUGAUGUUUCUAAGGAGAAAGAAACACCACCAACUGCGAAGAAAGAUACUGAAGCUGCUAAGGAGAAAGUGAAACCAGCCCCAGUUAAGAAAGAGCCUGAGGUUUCCAAUGAAAAAGCCAAGCCAGAACCUUCAAAGAAUGAGGCUGAAGCAUUUGAAGAGAAGGCAAAACCAGCACCAGCUAAAAAAGUGCCUGAAAUUAUAAAAGAGAAGGAGAAACCUCCAAAGAAAGAAGCUGUAAAAGAAAAACCCAAACCUGCUUCUGUAAAGAAAGAACCUGAAGUUCCAAAAGAAAAAGCAAAACCAGAACCUACCAAAAAAGAGGCAGAUGUUGCCAAGGACAAACCUAAACCUGUUGCUGUGAAGAAAGAACCUGUUGCAGUUGAAAAGGCAAAACCUAAACCUGCACCAAGGAAAGAACCUGAAGUAACCAAAGAGAAAGCUAAACCAGAACCUGCAAAGAAAGAACCUGAGAUAACCAAAGAAAAACCCAAGGCACCAAAGAAAGAGGCUAAAGUUGUCAAGGAGGAAGCUAAACCAGCUCCUGUAAAGAAAGAGGCUGAAUUCAUCAAAGAUGUUAAACCAGCCCAUGAGAAGAGAGAGGUCAUCAAGGAGAAAGUUAAACCAGCUCCUAUAAAGAAAGAGCCUGAAGUUGCUAAAGAAAAGACCCCUGAACCAAAACCCAAAAAAGAGCCUGAAGUUAUCAAAGAGAAACCAGCACCUCCAAAGAAAGCUGAGGUUCCAAAGGAAAAAGCAAAACAAGUCCCAGAAAAGAAAGCACCUGAAAUAAUCAAAGAAAAACCAAAGCCAGCUCCAAAGAAAGAAGCUGAGGUCAUCAAAGAGAAAGUAAAACCAGCCCCUGAGAAGAAAGAACCUGAAAUAACCAAAGAAAAACCCAAACCUGUGCCAAAGAAGGAGGCUGAAGUCAUCAAAGAGAAAGUUAAACCGGCUCCUGAGAAUAAAGAGCCUGAAGGGAUUAAGGAAAAAGUUAAACCAGCUCUUGAGAAAAAAGAGGCUGAAGUCAAGGAGGAAGCAAAACCAGCUCCUGUAAAGAAAGAAACUGAAGUUAUCAAAGAAAAAGCCAAACCAGCCCCUGAGAAGAAAGAGGCUGAAGUCAUCAAGGAGAAGACUAAACCAGCCCCUGAGAAGAAAGAGGCUGACGUCAUCAAAGAGAAAACUAAACCAGCCCCUGAGAAGAAAGAGGAUGUAGUCCUUAAGGAGAAAGCUAAACCAGCCCCUGAGAAGAAAGAGGCUGAAGUUGUCAAGGAGAAAGUUCAGCCAGCUCCUGUAAAGAAAGAGCCUGAAGUUACUAAAGAGAAAACUAAAGGGACCCCUUGGAAGAAAGUACUUAAGAUAAUUAAAGAAAAACCCAAGCCAUCACCAAAGAACGAGGCUAACGUCAUCAAAGAGAAAGCUAAACCAGUCCUUGAAAAGAAAGAGGCUGAAGUCAAGGAGAAAGCUAAACCAACUCCUAAACUCUUAAAGAAAGAGCCUGAGGUUGCUAAAGAAAAGGCUACUGAACCAAAACCCAAAAAAGAACCUGAAGUUGUUAAAGAGAAAGCUAAACUGGUCCCUAAGUUGAAAGAAGCUGAUGUCAUCAAGGAAAAAUCUAAACCAGCCCCUGAGAAGAAAGAGGCUGAAGUCAUCAAGGAGAAAGCUAAACCAGCUCCUGUAAAGAAAGAGCCUGAUGCUGUUAAAGAAAAGGCUCCUGAACUGAAACACAAAAUAGAGGCUGAAGUCAAGGAGAAACCUCAACCAGCCCCUGAGAAGAAAGAGGCUGAAGUCAUCAAGGAGAAAGUUAAACCAGCUCCUGUAAAGAAAGAGCCUGAAGUUCCUAAAGAAAAGCCUCCUGAAACAAUACCCAAUAAAGAAGCAGAAGUCAUCAAAGAGAAAGUAAAACCAGCCCCUGAGAAGAAAGAGGCUGAAAUCAUCAAGGAAAAAGUUAAACCAGCUCCUGUAAAGAAAGAGCCUGAAGUUCCUAAAGAGAAGGGACCUGAACCAAAACCCAAAAGAGUUUCAGAAGUCAUCAAGGAGAAACCUAAACCAUCACCUGAAAAGAAAGAGGCUGAAGUCAUCAAGGAGAAAGUUAAACCGGCUCCUGUAAAGAAAGAGCCUGAAGUUACUAAAGAAAAGGUACCUGAACCGGCACCAAGAAUAGCACCUGAGAUAACAAAAGAAAAGCCAAAGCCAACACCAAAGAAAGAGCCUGAAGUCAUCAAAGAGAAAGCUAAACCAGCUCCUGAGAAGAAAGAGGCUGAAGUCAUAAAAGAGAAAGCUAAACCAGCUCCUGAGAAGAAAGAGGCUGAAGUCAUCAAAAAGAAAGUUAAACCAACUCCUGUAAAGAAAGAGCCUGAAGUUGCUAAAGAAAAGGCCCCUGAACUGGCACCAAAAAUAGCAUCUGAGAUAAUCAAAGAAAAGCCAAAACCAGCACCAAAGAAAGAGGUUGAAGUAAUCAAAGAGAAACCUAAACCAGCUCCUGAGAAGAAAGAGGCUAAAGUUAUCAAGGAGAAAGUUAAGCCAGCUCCUGUAAAGAAAGAGCCUGAGGUUCAUAAAGAAAAGACACCUGAACCAGUGCCAGAACCUAAAAAGAAAGUUGAGGUUCCAAAGGAAAAGGCAAAACCAGUUCUUAAAGAAAAGGAACUGAAAAUCACCAAAGAAAAGCCAAAGCCAGCACCAAAGAAAGAAGCUGUAGCCAUCAAAGAAGUAGCUAAAGUAGUCCCCGUGAAGGAAGAGGCUGAUAUUGUCAAAGAGAAAGCUAAACCAACCCCUGUGAAGAAAGAGGCUGAAGUCAUCAAGGAGAAAGUUAAACCAGCUCCUGAGAAGAAAGUGUCUGAAGUCUUCAAGGAGAAAGUUAAGCAAGCACCUGUAAAGAAAGAGCCUGAAGUCUCAAAAGAAAAGUCAUUAAAGCCAACACCUAAAAAAGAUGAUGUUGGUCUUAUUGGUUUGGACUUGGAACUUCUGAACUCUAUCAACCAAAAACUGUCUCUUCUGGACUUGAUGAGGAAGGACAUUGGUGAAAUGAAGAGUGAUCUGGAGUCCACUCAAAAUCAAAUCACACUUUUGCGGAUGGACAACAGAACAAUCAAAGAGCCAGAGACUGUCGGUGUAAAGGUAAGACCAGCAGUCUCCAAGGAAAAGCUGAAAACAGCAAAAAAAGACCGUGAUGCUCUGAUGAACGUUACUAAGACAGCACAUAUUAAAGCAGAACAUGAAGCACUGAAAAACAUCACUAAACCUGCACGGAAAGAUAAAGAGGCUCCAAAAGCUAAGAUCAGACCAGAGCCCAAAAAGAAAGAAAUCACCCGUGAGAAGGUCAAAGAAGAAAAGGAACCUUUAAAGAAAGUAGUUGAGCCAACUGAGAAGGAACCUGUUAUGGACAAGGAAGUAAAAAGAGAAGAACCUGAUGUCACCAAAGAUAUUCCAGAGAUAGAGGAGGAGGACAUUCCCUACUUCCAGUGUUUCUUUGUGGACGAGGAGGAUACUCAGUAUCCGUUCUUCCCCUUUUCACCACCGCUGUGGUGAGUCCAGACAAAUCUCUCAGUCUGAUGUUACACAACAUAGCAAAGCCAGUGAAGACGGACCUGUGAAGGCUGAGGAACCUGCUGCUCUGAUGCAGUGGAGAGCUUCACAGUGGAUCCUACAGCACUACACCAGCAACGACUUAAACUAGAAAACUUCAUUCUCAAAUAAUUUGUCAUUUUGAAGGACAGAGGGUGCAAAUAUUGCACUUUUUAGUAUAUAAUCUUAAGGCUAUCCCUCUUUGUAUUAAUACCAUGGAUUGGCCUUUUGUUUCAGAAUGAUUAAUAUCUAUUAAUGUCCAAGAAGGAAUGUAAGUAUUGUUUGUCCAUAAGGUGGACAAAGAGUUCCUUUCUGAACACUACAGUGGGUUCAGGAUUGUAAUAUUUUAUACAUACAAGGUACAUAACCUCAUUUUGAUGGGGUGCUAAUUCAAAGCAUUCCACUGUGUUUGCUGUCAGAAUGGGGUUUGCAAGUUGUUUAUUGUUCGCACAACUGGAAGGGAGGAUAUAAUAAAUCAAGAAAUAAGUAAACAACUAUUUCAUGUAUCUUUAAAACAGUUUACUAAACCGUUUACAGAAGUAACAACUGCACUGAGUAAUAAGAGCUUUCCACAGUAAGCUCAGUUCCUCUGAAUGUAUACAUCAUUUUAUUUUAUUUUUUUUAUUUUUGUUACUUUAUUUUUGUUUUAUUUGUUUAGCUUUCCAUGCAUUUUAUUUAAUAUAACGUAUCUAACUAAUCUAUACUUCACAGAGGAAACAAAUGUUUUAUUCAGUGCUCUUUUUAAAUGAACACACUGGAUUUUGCAUAACAAAAUGAAACUAAAAUGUGGUGCUAAAUCCAAGAAAAUGCCUUAAACAUCAAUGCAACUGCAUUGUUUUUACAU